AUGGACCACCAGGAGCCAUCCCUACCAUCCAUUCCCCCCCGCUCCGGGGCCCUUCGGGAGCGGGUUGCUGAGAGAGAAGCCAAGCAGGGGAAGAAACCGAGCUUUUUGGCCGCCUUUUCGGGGUCUCUGAAUGCCCGAGUGUGCGACGUGCACAACAAGGCUCUUUAUAUCCCGCGGGGCUGCCGGGAAACCUCGCAGUGCCCCGGGGACCCCAAAAUCGGGGCUGGCGCUCUCAACACCUUCCAGACAGUCAUAGCCUACAGCGACGAGGACACCUACACCAUCUUCCUCUAUCCCGACGGCGGCCUCCAGUUCCUGGGGACGCGGCCCAAGGAGUCCUACAACGUCCAGCUGGAGCUGCCAGCCAGGGUGGGCUUCAGCUGGGGGGACGGCGAUGACCCGAAGAGGGACAGGCUGUUCCACAGCCUGGCCAGCAGCGAGCAGGCUCUGAGGAACCUGGAGCGGGAGAGCAACACGGGGGUACCUGGAGUGUGGGUCUUCCGUGUGGGCAGCGUGGACCACGUGGAGCCAGGAGGCAGCGAGGCACUUGGUCCUGGAAUGCCGCAGAGCCUCCCUGUGCAUCCUGAUCCCGACUACACCCGCACACUGUACAACCAUGCUGACCACGCAUCCACGGAGCUACCAGCACAGCAUCCCAGCCAUGGAUCCCGCACCCCAGUGCUCCUGGGCUUUGUCCCUGAGAGGAGGGACGCCCAGGAGCGGAGCCGCCGGCUGUACCCCGACGGGGACGGUGACACCCGGCAGAGCUACUCUGCCAACCCCUCUUCCUACAGCUCUGGGCACCACGGCGUCGGCGUGGAGGAGGACGUGCAUUUCAACCCCGAUGUGUUCACCUACAGUGCCUCCAGCAGGGAGACCUGUGCCCAGCACCACGGGCGCUGCUCCCCUCACGCCUUCUGCACCGACUACGCCACCGGCUUCUGCUGCCACUGCCGGGCCACCUUCUACGGGAACGGGCGGCAGUGCCUGCCCGAAGGGGCCGUGCAUCGCCUCAACGGGAAGGUGAGCGGGAGCCUGACGGUGGGACGGGCGUCCGUGCGCUUCCAGGACGUGGACCUGCACGCCUACAUCGUGGGCAGCGACGGCAGAGCCUACACGGCCAUCAGCGGGGUGCCCCAGCCCGCUGCCCGUGCCCUCCUGCCCCUCCUGCCCAUCGGGGGGCUCUUUGCCUGGCUCUUCGCCCUGGAGGAGCCCGGCUCCGAGAACGGCUUCAGCAUCACCGGCGCUGAAUUCACCCAGAGCCUGGAGGUGACCUUCUACCCUGGGGGAGAGACAGUCCAGGUCACUCAGACAGCCGAGGGCCUGGGGCCGGACAAUUACUUGAGCCUCAAGACGCACAUCCAGGGAGAGGUGCCGUUUCUCCCGGAGAACGUCACUGUCCACGUCACUCCCUACAAGGAACUCUACUACUACUCCAGCUCAGCCGUGACGUCCUCGGGCCAGCGGGAAUACGUCGUGGCCACGGGAACAGCCAACCAGACCUUGUCCUACCGCCUGCGGCAGAACAUCACCUUCUCCGGGUGCUCCCAUUCCCGCCUGCCCGCGCGGCAGCAGCUCAGCGUGGCACGCGCCUUCGCCCUCUACGACGGCCAGGAGCACGUCCUGCGCUACGCCCUGGCUGCCCGUGUUGGCUCAGCACAAGAUGGUGCCGGGAAUCCCGCGGUGAACCCGUGCCAUGAUGGCACACACGGGUGUGAGGCACCGGCACGCUGCCAGCCUGGAGCAGGGAUGGAGUACACGUGUGAGUGCCCAGCUGGGUACCGCAGAGACGGACAGGGCUGCCGAGAUGUGGACGAGUGCGCCGAGGGCCUGAGCCGGUGCGGCCCCUUCACCGUGUGCCUGAACGUGCCGGGCAGUCACCGGUGCGAGUGCCGCGGCGGGUACCGGCCGGCGGGGGACGGGCAGGCGUGUGUGCCGCUGGCCCCGGCGAGUGACCCCUGCGAGGACGGGAGGCACCCCUGUGCGCCGGGGGGCCGCGCGCGGUGCCUGUCCCGCGGCGACGGCCGCCCCAGCUGCGAGUGCCUCCCGGGAUACACCGGCGACGGCAUCCACUGCUCCGACGUGGAUGAGUGUGCCGAAAACCCGUGUCACCCGGCCGCCACCUGCUACAACACGCCGGGCUCCUUCACCUGCCGGUGCCAGCCUGGCUAUGAGGGCGAUGGCUUCCGGUGCACGUAUGCGGCGGGAGGGAACCCGCAGCGGCUGACGCCCUGCCAGCACGAGCAGAUGUACCCGCGGGAGGUGCCACCGGGACCCUCGCCCGUGGGAGGCAGGCACGUGCCCCAGUGUGAUGAGGAGGGUCGGUACCGGCCCCUGCAGUGCCACGGCAGCACCGGGCACUGCUGGUGCGUGGAUGCUGCCGGGCAGGAGAUCGCUGGCACACGGACAGCACCAGGCACCACCCCGCCUCGCUGCGGGAGCCCAGAGUCUAUCCAGCAACUGACACCCUGCGAGCACGCACGGAUGUACCCGCGGGAGGUGCCACCGGGACCCUCGCCCGUGGGCGACGGGCACGUGCCCCAGUGUGACGAGGAGGGCCGGUACCGGCCCCUGCAGUGCCACGGCAGCACCGGGCACUGCUGGUGCGUGGACGCUGCCGGGCAGGAGAUCGCCGGCACACGGACAGCACCGGGCACCACCCCGCCUCGCUGCGGGAGCCCAGAGCCCACGGAGCGGCCGCCCAGCAUGUGCGAGCGCUGGCGGCAGAGCCUGCUGGAGCACUACGGGGGCAGCCCCCGCGGCGACCAGUACGUGCCCCAGUGCGACCCCCAGGGACACUUCACCCCGCUGCAGUGCCACGGGGACAGCGGGUACUGCUGGUGCGUGGACGAGAGCGGCAGGGAGAUCCAGGGCACGCGCUCGGAGCCCGGCACCGCCCCGCCAUGUCUCCCCAGCGUCGCGCCGCCCACUGUCCGGCCCUCACCCCGGCCCGACGUGUCCCCACCGACCACGGGGACCUUCCUGCUCUACGCUCAGGGACAGCAAAUUGGAUACCUCCCGCUCAACGGGACGAGGCUGCAGAAGGAGGCGGCCAAGACCCUGCUCUCCCUGCAUGGCUCCAUCGUGGUGGGGAUUGACUAUGACUGCCGGGAGAAGAUGAUCUAUUGGACGGAUGUGGCCGGACGGACCAUCAGCCGGGCGAGCCUGGAGCCAGGGGCCGAGCCAGAGACCAUCAUCAACUCAGGACUCAUCAGCCCCGAGGGCCUGGCCGUGGACCACCUGCGCCGGGCCAUGUUCUGGACCGACAGCGGGCUGGACAGGAUCGAGAGGGCGCGGCUGGACGGCUCCGAGCGGCGCGUGCUCUUCGACACCGAGCUCGUCAACCCCCGUGCCAUCGCCGUGGACCCCGUCCGAGGAAACCUUUACUGGACGGACUGGAAUCGUGAAGCUCCCAAAAUUGAAACUUCCACUGUCAAUGGAGCCAACAGGAGGGUCCUGGUGCACACAGACAUCGGUUUGCCCAAUGGCCUGACGUUUGACCCCUUCUCCAAGCUGCUGUGUUGGGCAGAUGCAGGCACAAAGCACCUGGAAUGCACAUUCCCUGAUGGCACAGGCCGGCGUGUCAUCCAGAACAACCUCAACUACCCCUUCAGCAUCAUCAGCUACGCCAACCACUUCUACCACACGGACUGGAGACGGGAUGGGGUGAUAGCUGUAAAUAAAGACACCGGCUCCUUCACCGAUGAGUAUCUUCCAGAGCAGCGAUCCCACCUCUAUGGAAUAACAGCAGUUUAUCCCUACUGCCCUGGAGCAAGGAAAUAGUAACUCCCAGUUUCAAGGAAUCAACAAUCUUUGCACCCAGAAGAACUUCAGACCCAGAAAACUGUCACUGCAUGAAAGGAGGGAAAAGCCCUCAGCCAAGGCCAACCAAGCAACCUGCUUUCCUGCAAAAAGUAUUUUUUUUUUAUGGUUAUACCUCAAGACUUUACUACUGUAUUUUUUUACCAAGUGGAAAACAUUGAUAUAUUACCAAAAAAAAAAAAAAAUGGUCCUGGGCAUCUCAGGCCAUUACUCAAACUCUUGCUUAAUGCAAGAAGGUUUAAAAUGUAGCUUUUUUUUUUUUUUUUUUACUCAAAUGUUUUAUUUUAAUGGAAGAAGAAUGGAUUAAUUUUUGACGGUUUUGACAAUCUGACCAACAGGUCCUUUUAUCCAAAAAAAAAAAAUUAAGUGCCUAUGGGAAGCUUUGGAUGCAGUAUCUCGCUGGGUCUAAAUAACCUACAGCCCUGAAGACAGAGACUGUGUGUGCUCCAAAAAAGGUGCAGAACAGGGAUGUGACGUGGCAAAGGCAUUGAAGAUUUUCCAGAAGAUGAUUCUGUGUUCUCACCACUGCCUCAAUGCAUGUCUUUUAGUAUUUAUAUUAGAAGAAUAUGCUAGAAUUGAUCUGUUCAUGCUUGUUGGUUCUUCCAAGUGCCUUCAUAGACCUACCCAGUGUAGACCAAUACAUGUUCAGAAAUACCCAGUUACCUUGUAAUGCUUCACUUUUUCUAGGUUACUUCAAUAAUUGAAUAAAGAGGUUGGUUUAAGUUUC